UAUAUACAAUCCGUGGCUUAUAGCAGGUUUCCAAAGUCCCGGCAUGCCAUGCGCGUGAUUAAAUUGACAACACGUCAAAGAUGGCAGAUCCUGCACCCAGCAAGAAUGAUAUUGAGCAGGUUUUUAAAAGGUUACGCGCGAUCCCAGCAAAUAAGACAUGUUUCGACUGCAACGCCAAAAACCCGGCUUGGUCCAGUGUCACAUACGGCGUCUUCCUGUGUAUAGACUGCUCUGCGGUACAUAGAGGGCUAGGUGUUCACUUGACCUUUGUCCGUUCAACUCAACUUGACACAAAUUGGACAUGGCUGCAACUACGGAACAUGCAGCUUGGAGGAAAUGCUAAUGCUAGAAAAUUUUUUUCCCAACACAACUGCACGACUACCGAUGCUCAGCAAAAAUACAAAUCACGAGCUGCCAGUAUGUAUAGAGAUAAGUUGUCCCAAGCUUCUGUGCAGGCAAUGAAACGCCAUGGAACAAAGUUGUUUCUGGAUCCAGAGCCUGAACACACACAGCCAGAAGCUACAACAGAGUUAGACUUUUUCAAGGAGCACGUAGAGUCAGCGGCGUCUGAUGACUUCUUUUCCACUGAAUCAAAUUUGCGAUCCGAUCCUAUCAUCAAAUCGACACUAGUCGCCAAUGUAACUGAGGAUAAUAAGGACAACACAGUGUCUUCCAUAACGGCUACGAACCCUGCCAAUCUCAGUGGUGUUGGCCCUAAUGUAACCGGUGCACUUUUGAAUCAUGAUUCAAACGCUGCCCAACAAUCUGAUAGAAAGUCUACGAUCGGCGUUAGGAAAAUUCAACCUAAACGAAGUGGGCUUGGAGCAAAGAAAGGCGGAGGAUUGGGAGCGCAGAGAGUGAAAACGAACUUUGAUGAGUUGGAACGAAGCGUCGCUGAGGCUAAUCGCGAGUCUCGAGAGAAAGAAACACGCGAAAAGGAUAAGGAGGAGCAAGAUGCAAUUGAUACGCGUCUAGCGUAUCAGUAUGAACACGACCUGUCCCUGCAAGCAAAAAAAGUUGAGGAACGAACAAAGAAGAUGGAUCCGUCCAAAGCUGGAGAAGCUGAACGUCUCGGCAUGGGAUUUAAUGCGCGCCGUGGCGCGAGUCACUCUGCAUUUGGUGAUAUGCGUGUGAUAACUCAGGAGGGCGCACCAGUUGUCUCAAGGAUGAGUUUGACCAGCGAACCAAGAUCUAGGGAUCAGGAUCACGAUCUAUUCUUCGAUCUUGAAGACUUCUCAUACUCGCCCUCAUCGUUCGGAAAGCUACCCAGCAGCUCGUCGCACAACGACGAUAUCAUUGUUGUUGCCGAUGCCGAUAUUCCUCGACGGCCGACCCAGCAAACGAUCAACAAGCCUCCUUCUCAUAGUACUGAUCGUGAACCCGCUAAUCGCGGAGGCGAGGCCCAGAAAAAAUUCGGCAGUGCUAAAGCCAUUAGCUCAGAUCAAUAUUUCAGAAACAGCUCCUCUGACGGAGAUGCGUGGGAGCGCAAAAGUAAUCUCCGCCGUUUCGAGGGAUCAUCAAGCAUUUCAUCAGCUGAUUAUUUCGGAGACGGACCCAGUCACGGUAACGGCCAGACUAUUUCAUCGGGGCCAGUGUCAUCUGGUGCCGGAAGGUCUGGCCGGACCGCAGGUGGUACCGUCGAUUUAGAAGAAGUCAGAGAAAGCGUCCGUCAAGGAGUCAACAAAGUUGCAGGCAGACUAAGCUCAUUGGCCAAUGCCGCAGUCUCCUCCAUACAGGACAGAUACGGAUAUUAAUGGAUUGUCGCUCUCGUAAUUCCGAAUAAAAUAAAAUACUACAAUUAUUAUUACAUAUUUUCAUUAGGCGUAUCGGAGAAAGCUAAAUAUUAUUUAAACAA